AUGCGAUUUGGCCUCAGUCGCAAGGCAUUCAGAAAUGAGCAACGAGACCGAAAUCGUUCUGGAGGAUAUUUGUAUCAUGAAAAUAGGUUAUCAAAAAUAUCCAGCGAGAAGCUCCUUUACGACAAUUUAAUGACUACCACUUCGACUCCAAUAAGCUCUCAAACUCAGAAAGCGGUAGAGGGCAGCUGGAGCCCCACUCCGAACAGGCGUGUGCUGCCGAAAGCAUUGAUCAAUCUAGGCGAAAGACUGUGCCGGACUUACCAACCACCAAUCAAUCGUCAUGUGAAGGAAAAGAGUCAAGGCUAUGAUCAACAUUAUGUCUUCACCACUAUGCUUAAAAGGAUGCGGCGGAAGGAUUGUGAUGCUUUAGAAGAACCACGGGGGCAAAGGAGUCAUCAGGACCUUGGACAACGCAACCCAUUUCCACAAGUAAUGACUAAUGUACCACCCAUAUACGACGAGCGCCUUUAUCCCCCAUACGUUACAAGCAAUAUUGUAGCGCUUAAGCGUCAAGGGAAAGUAAACUGGUCAGUAGAGUUGCCACAAGGGACAGUAAAGCCAAAAUCUUUAGCAUCAUCGCUUUCAUCAGUGACCCAAUAUGAAAUGGAGCUAGAGAGCAACCUCAGUACUAUCAUUGACGACCAUUCUACAGGGAUUCCACCAGCCUUUGGCGGAGGCUCGGGCUCUGAUGAAUACAUGCUUCGAAGGCAUGAAUAUGGGGUGGAAGGCUACGACGAGGCUUUUGUUAUAUCUCUAGAUGGGGCCUUUGAAAGAAUUGGACAAGCGAAUCCGGAUGAUUACAUUGAUGAAGAUGCAAAACAGAGUGCCUUACCCGCGAGCCUUGCGUUUAAGAGUCCUGUGCUUGACUCCGUACCACUGGAUAGUGGUUGUAAGGAUGGCCAACAAAGCUCGAUUAAAAAAUACUCAGGUGCCCUUACUAUGACUAGAAUCAAUGGAAGUCAGCCUGACUACGACGACGUUGGUCAUGGAGACAAAGAUGAUACAUCACUCGACGAUAUCAUAAAGCCUCUUGAAGGAAAUGCCACGCCUAUGCCAAUCCUUGAUCGAUUUUCGAAAAUUCAGCCAUAUAUCUCUUUAUUAUACUCUCUCUCUGAGGUACCAGCUAGGUCUCAUAAAUUUUAUUGGACGCCCUCAGGCUCAGAUAUAGCCAUUGAUGGCAUGGAUCUUGGCAGCUUUGAUGAUGCAAAGUCCCCGUUGAGUAGGGGAAGCGGUUCUUUAACAGCCGAAGCUGAGGGACUAUAUAAUUUUGUAUCAAGACGCUGGCAACACCAGAAUUGUUCGUCCAUGUCGUCAUCUUCAAUCUCAUUCUUACCAAGGCCAUCAUCAUUGUCUCCGUCGGACUCACCGCUACUACCUUUAUUAAGAACAGUAAAGCCGUUCAAGACGUUGGCUGAUAGAGAUGAUGAUUUCAAGAUCUAUCAAAGAGCAGUGCCGCAAGAGCAUACUAAGAUACCGACACUGGCUUCCUUUGCAGUUGACCUAAUAACGUUUGCAGCAGUCUAUCGGAUCGUGAAAGAUCCAAGGAUACGGAUAGUGGAUCGCUGGUCUACCAACUAA